UUCUGUAAUAUCUCGUCGUUCGUUUGUAUGCAAGGGGUGCUCUAUAGUAAAAUGUUCUGCUGCUUUAAUUUGUAGUGCAUGCCUCGCAUAUUCUUCCGGUCUCGUCUUCGGCACCUCUGACAGUUUGAAGAAGCUGGCUGGGCGCAUCUGUCAGCGCGCAACGCUCCAUCCAGACUGCGCUUAGCCCGUUGAAGGUUAGACCGAGUGAUGUGAGCUCGACUCACUUGAUCUAUUUGUAAAAGUCCUUCAAGCUCUUUCACCAUUACCCCCAACCGACGCUCCGUGGAUUUGCUGUCAUCGCUUGGUCUUCGCACUGCGCGGACGAAGUGGUCACUGUUGGUCGCGGGCACUGCUGGCGCGAUGGUUCUGCUGACAGUUGCCAUUGCGGUCCCGCUUCUUCUCCUGCGCCCCUCGGAGACCUCCGCACAUUACUACGAAAUGAUGGGCACCUGUCGGAUGGUGUGCGACCCCUACGGCACAAAACCCGGGGAUGCGGCCGCAGGGGAGGAGACCCAGACCGUCAACGGCAUCGCACCGCUACCGCCGAUGGCGCAAGGGAGUCGCGGGGAACCGGGGCGACCGGGAAAACCGGGACUAAGGGGUCCGCCGGGAGAACCGGGACCCCCGGGAGCCAGGGGUCCUCCGGGGGAGCGAGGCGGCGGCAAAGUCGCCUUUCCUGCUUUAACAGCCACGGCCGCCGGCGACGCAGAUGCCAACUCUACAAACAGCGGCAAUCGGGUCGCUUUUUAUGUCGGCCUAAAGAAUCCCCACGAGGGCUACGAGGUGCUGAAGUUUGACGAUGUCAUUACAAACUUGGGGAACCUUUACGAUCCGAGCACCGGGAAGUUCACUUGCCAUGUUUCGGGGAUCUACUACUUCACAUAUCAUGUGCUGAUGCGGGGAGGAGACGGAACCAGCAUGUGGGCCGACCUGUGUAAAAAUGGACAGGUCAGAGCUAGUGCCAUAGCUCAGGACGCCGACCAAAACUAUGACUAUGCCAGCAACAGUGCUGUUCUGCACUUGGACUCGGGUGACGAAGUUUAUGUGAAACUGGAUGGCGGCAAAGCUCACGGAGGCAACAAUAACAAGUACAGCACCUUCUCGGGCUUCAUUUUAUACCCCGACUAGGUCAAAUGGUCAACAGCAGUUCUUUUCAUGGAAUAAUAUUAUUAUAAUGCGUUUUUAUGUCUCUAAAAACCAAGGGCGUAGGUUUGAACAGGGACGGUUUGGACAUAACACUACCAACUUUUCAGGAUGCUCAAAUUGUCCCCACCAACUUUUAAGCAACCUUAUUUGCGUUAUGUAAUGAUUCCAGUUAUAUGGGUCAUUUAUAUUGUCUGCCCAUAUGUUUUAAUUGUUGUAAUUGACCCCACCAUUAUUAAGUGAACUAUUUUCAUUAUGUUUAGAUUUACAUGUACAUCUUUUUACUUGCUAAAUGUGCCGCUCCAU